AUGGCAGAAGAAUUCACGUCUCGCAACAUUGUCGACGAGUACGAUGAUUCCAGCGUGAAGCUGGACACAGAACUAAGUAGCGAAGAAGAAGUAACAUCGGAUGAAUUAUCAGAAAAUAGGCAAGCUAUCAAAAAUCUUUUAGAAAAAGCCGGAAACGAAGGAGAUAUAUGGUACAUUAUUCCUACAGAAUAUUUUAACAGCGUUAUCAACAUGCCUGCGAAGAGCCUUGAAGACUUAAAGCAAAAACUUGGGCCUUUAAAUUGCAAAUCUAUAGUUGAUGAGAAUGGGGAUUUAUAUCCGGAAGAUGAGGAGCCUGUGGGCACUUACAAUAUACCUCCAGAGAUAUUCAAUUUAUUGGUUGAGUGGUUUGGCAUAAUUGGCGAUCCUGUAGCUAGAUGCAUCAUACUAAACGGCGAGAAUGAAAUAAAAGAGAUAGAGAGGUAUCCUCUAAUGUUUCACGUCCAUCAGCUAGGUAAAAGAGCUUCCCAUUAUCAUCACCAGCAGCACACUAUCCGGAUAUCGAGAACAAGAACGUUUGGUGAUUUGUAUGCCAGGGUAGCAAGGGAAGCCCUUGAUUCAAAAAAUAUCAAGUUUCGUCUUUGGAUUGCCAAUUAUUAUAAUGAUUUCUCUUACGCUGUCAGUCUCAAUGCAUUCUUAUUUGAAAUCGAAGGAAAGCGUCUUCUUGACCCAGGUUUAAAUUCGGAGACGUUAAAAAGUCAUGGAAUCAUAGAAAACGAGUAUCAUAUAAUAAUCGAGCAACAGACUUCGCUGACUUUCCCUGUGGAUCAAUAUCUUGCCUCUAUCGAUAUCUCGAAAUUUGACAGUUUGUCAAAGUACUCAAAAGGCGGUACACUUGGUUUGCAAAAUUUGGGAAACACAUGUUAUAUGAACUCUGCUUUGCAAUGCCUCGCACAUAUUCCAGAAGUCAAUCUAUAUUUUCUUUUCAACAUAUUCAAAAGAGAAUUGAAUGUUGAAAAUCCGUUGGGGAACCAUGGUAACGUUGCUAAUUCUUUUGGGUCCCUAUUGAAACAACUUUUUGACCCCUCAAAUAAGGCGUCUAGUGUUGCACCAAGAGAAUUCAAAUCAACUAUCGGUCAUUAUUCUUCGAUGUUCCUGGGUUAUCUACAACAAGAUUCACAAGAACUCUUGAGCUGGCUCUUGGAUGCUUUGCAUGAAGACUUGAAUAGAAUACAUAAUAAACCGUACUAUGAGAAACCAGAAUUGAAGGAUGAAGAAAUCGGAGAUCCAAGUGCCAUAAGCAGGCUAGCUACAACAUCCUGGAACCAAUAUAAACUUAGGAAUGAUUCUGUUAUCACUGAUUUGUUUACUGGUAUGUACCAAUCAACGUUAGUUUGCCCUGACUGCAUGAAAACAUCGGUUACUUUUGAUCCCUUUAAUGAUUUGACAUUGCCGCUUCCGAUUAGUAAAAAAUGGUAUCAUUCAUUUACAAUCGUUGAUCUUUCUGAAGACUACAAACUAGAGUCUUCAAUAAUGAGACUAGAGGUAGAGCUUAAUAAAACUUCAAAUUUUGAUGAUUUACUUCAUUACUUGAGCAGUUUUUUGUCUGUCCAACGAAAGGAUUUGUUCCUUUUUGAAUUAUUCAGGAAUUUUUUUUAUACUGAUUUUCAAGCAGAUCAAAGGGGAAAUAAAUUCCUACCUAUAGGAGAUAUAAUCAGAGACUCUGACGAAGUUGUUGUAUAUAUAAUUCCUCACAAUUCUGAUACAGACAUAAUAGUACCAGUUUUAAAUUGUGCUGAUGAUUCGGACAAGUCUUAUCAAGUAGCGGAUUUGUUUGGAAUUCCACUCUUUAUUGUUUUGAAUAAGGAGACAGAGACUCACAGCUUUGGGACCAUAAGACGAAAAUUGGAGAAGAAAUAUCAACGCUUAACUAACGCCGAUUUAGAUGACAUUUCGAUUUAUACGGAUCGUCAUUUCAAUUCGAAAGACUUUCCUCAUAUUUUGCUGAACGACAUGGUUUUACUUGAUAAUAAAUCAGGAAAACCGAACGAUAAUCUUUCAGAUUCUGAUGAAUACGACUCUGAUAUUUCUCUUGCAAAUCCUAACAUAAGUGCUAAUUCUGGCUUUGAAAUAUUAUUUUAUAAUGAUGACGGAAUGAGCUACAAGAAUGUUCAUCAUAGAGGUCACUUUGGAAACAGGAAUCAUAACAGAAAAUCUCAAGAAGAUAGUCUAUUGCACGUCCCGUUGCAUAGGCCUAGUCUCAAUAACUUUCUGCCUUUGGUAGACGAACUCCCUGAUCCGAAAAAGAAUCAUUACUAUUAUUCUGAUUUUGUAAAGAAUUUAAAUGAAAACAGAAAUAAUGACAACCCUGAGGAAAUUGGAACUGAUGAUGCUCACCUGUCGAGCUCCAGUACUGAAGAGGGCUUUAUCAUGAUAAAUGAGAGUGAUGGUGAAACUGCUGUCAGAAGCUCUCAACACUCACUGCUGGAUGAUGAUACCGAAAGUGAACCGAGAUUGGGUACUUUGUAUGAGUCGGGGCCAGUUCCUCCACCUGCAACGUAUCUGGAAUCAUUGAAACCCUCAAAUGAGAAUUCUCCCGCGGUUUCGCCCACUCCGCACAAGGAUAGCAAUAAUCCUCUUCUAGUCAAGAAGGGCACGAUUCUCCUUUGCAAGUGGUCUGCAGAAAUGUAUCAGAAGUAUUUUGGUGAAGAGAAAUUUCAGAGGUGGAUUAACAUACCAACGAUUCCAAAUCCUGAACUAGAGAAAAGUAAAGCUCAGUUUGAAAGACAGAAAAACUCAACUAUCUCAUUAUAUGACUGCUUGAACAAUUUCAGCACUCCAGAAGUUUUAGGUGAACAAGAUUUGUGGUAUUGUCCUAGGUGUAAGGAUCAUAAACAAGCCACUAAAACGAUUCUGAUAUGGUCGACUGGCGAUAUUUUGACUAUUCAUUUGAAGCGGUUUCAUAGUGCAAGAGCGUUCAGUGACAAGAUUGACAUGCUCGUUGAUUUCCCUAUUGAAGGACUUGAAAUCAACAAAUUUAUCUCUAACCCUUCUCAAGAAAAUCUAGUUUACGACUUAAUGGCUGUUGAUAAUCAUUACGGCGGCUUAGGUGGCGGUCACUACACUGCAUCAGUCUUCAAUUACGGGGAUGGGCAAUGGUACUACUUCAAUGACAGUAGGGUUACAAAGAUAGAUAAUCCUCGGGAAUGCGUUACAUCUGCUGCUUAUCUUUUAUUCUAUCGUAAAAGGUCUUCGAAUGAAUAUUUAGGAGGUCAAAAAAUCGACCAAUUAAUCAAAGCUGGAAUGGAAACUUGCCAUAGGUCUUUGAGCGCAAAAAAGCUAAUUAUGGAACAGUUGAAAGAUCAAAUUGUAAAAUUCGGGGAAACAGAAGAUAGACUCAAAGGAGAACAAGAAGAUUCUGAAGAAGAUGAUCAGGAUGAUAGCCCGUCUGAAAUAUUCCCCUCCAAGAAACCUCAUUCACUUACAAAUAAAGCAAACUUCUUAAACGAGGACGACAAUAACAUCAGAAAGCAACGUUUAAUCUCGAAAGAAAACAAUAACAAUAAACUCAUCCAAAUCAAAAGCAAUGGGAAAGAAGAAGUAUCAUCCUCAUCGAUUCUGAACUCGGGAUCAGAAGAAUAA